AUUAUCUGCAUCUACUUACAAACAUUAUUUUUUAUUUGUUUCCACAAUCUAUAAUGUGUGUGACUCUCUGCUGCUCACCUGCUUCCCUAAGCACAGAUGCUUUCAGGGCAGGCGGUGAAAGGGUUAAGUCUGACUCUGCAUGCACCGAGCAGCCCUCCCUCCCUCUCCAUCCAUUUUUACUGUGUGUGUGUGUGUGUGUUUUCUUUUUUUUUCUUUUUUUCAAGGGGGCCUGUGCCAUCUGCAAGCCCAGUGGAUUUGCGAUAUGCACACACACACACUCUACCUAAGUUUGAUAACAGAGAACAGCACCACCGCGUUUUGGUUAUGGAUUCAUUCUGAGCGCGCACGGCUUUACGCGGAUGUUUUCCCCCUCUGAGCUUUACGUUUGUUUUGGACUCGUCUUUUUUUCUCUCUCUCUCUCUCUUUCUCUCGCUCCUCUCUCUCUCUCUAUCCGAAAGCUACGGGAUAUGUCGAGAGGCGGAGGCGUUUCUUCUUCCACCCAAAGCCUCCCGAAGUUGGGACCCCACUGACGCGCUAUGACAUGAAGCAGGAACACACUUGUGGACGUCACUGAAGUUGCCAACAGGAGGACGACUUCAUUGCAUUCAUCUACUGAACUCCAACGAGCCAUCUUGCCAGAGGCAACGCAGUGGGCUGGCCUGCUGUUAGACUUCAUCUUUUGCCACCUGUGAAACACUACUGCCAUCAUGCAGAGCUCAUCGCUCCGCCGCCAGAUGAAAAACAUGGUCAACAACUACACGGAGGCCGAGAUCAAGGUCCGAGAGGCCACCUCCAACGAUCCCUGGGGUCCUCCAAGCUCGCUGAUGUCUGAGAUCGCAGAUCUGACCUUCAACGUGGUGGCGUUCACUGAGGUUAUGGGUAUGAUCUGGAAGCGGCUCAAUGACCAUGGUAAAAACUGGCGGCAUGUUUAUAAGUCGCUGACCCUGCUGGACUACCUGAUCAAAACAGGCUCUGAGCGGGUGGCCCAGGAGUGUCGGGAGAACAUAUACACCAUCCAGACUCUGAGAGACUUCCAGUACAUUGAUCGAGAUGGACGCGACCAGGGUGUCAAUGUCCGGGAGAAGGCCAAGCACCUGGUGGCUCUGCUGAGGGACGAGGAAAAGCUGAAGAAGGAGAGGAGCCAGGCUUUGAAGACUAAGACGCGCAUGGCCGGGGUCACGAGUGGCUUAGGUUCUGGAUCCAUGCCUCCUGCAUAUCCAGGUCGUCGCACUAGCCAGCCGAGCUCAGGGGUCCACAGGGAUGAGUUUGGCACGUGCAGUUCACCAUCCUCCUUUCAUUCCUCCUCUUCCUCUCCUCGAGUUGCUCCGGACUUGGAACAAGCUCGGCCUACGACCAGUGGAGAAGAGGAGCUGCAGCUGCAGCUGGCCCUGGCUAUGAGCCGAGAAGAAAGUGAAAAGCCACCUCCUACAGUGGAUAUUGAUGAACACACCCAGCUCCAGAUCGCUAUGACUCUCAGCAAGGAGGAAGCCCAGAAGCCAGCCCAACAAGCACCUCCCGCACUGGAUAUGGAUGAGGAAAGCCAGCUCCAGUUAGCCCUGAGUCUGAGCAAGGAGGAGCACCAGCAGGAGCAACUCAGUCGCCAAGGAGAUGAGACGAUGCUCCAGAAAGCACUGGAGGAGAGCAAACGUGAGAUGGAGACUAAAGGCGGGACCGCCUUCAUGGACUUGGUAGAUGUUUUUGCAGUGCCAGCAGAACAACCUCCUAGUAACCACCAAUGGAAUAAUGCCCCACACCAGGCAGCUGCUCGCCUAGGCGGUACAGACCCUUGGGACUCCCUGGAGGGUAGCACAAACACCUCGAGGAUAGAUCCUCCCUGGAUGGCACCGCCACCUUCCAACAGUCCUCCUCCACCAUGGGAGCCCCCAGCCGACCCAUGGGAUGACAAGAACAAUGUUAGUAACCUCAACACCAGGGGCAGAGAAUGGGCUUUCCCUGCCAACACAGUCUCGUCUGGAGUUGAUCCAUUCUCAGCACCAUCAGAAAGACCAGGCCUCAAGGAACCUCCCCUACGAACUGGAAGCCCCUCAGAUGGGGAUCUGUUUGAUGAGGCCAUGGAUGGAGGUCAGAUGAAUGUAAAUGGGCGAGUGGAGGGAACCCCUGAGCCUUUUGACCUAUCACAUCUCGGAGAAAGCCUAGCUGCUCCCAGCCCUCGUAAAUGCCGGACACCCGAGUCCUUCCUGGGCCCCACAGCUGCUUCCUUGGUUAACCUGGAGAGCUUGAUCCCAGCAGUGCCUCCGGCCAAGACCAUGAACCCCUUUCUAUCAGGCCUGAGCGCUCCUUCGGCCACCAAUCCAUUCCAAACCGAGGCACCAAAACUAACUCUGAAUCAACUGGGCUCCACCUCUUCGGCUCCCCACAACACUUCGCUUCCAUACAGUGCCUCGUUGCCCUUGCCUAUGAGCCACCAGCCUGCCAGCCUCCCUUCAUCACUUACUCACCCCACCCAGCCUGGUCUGGACCUGCCAGGGAACCUCCCUCAACCCUUGUUGCCCUUCUCUUCAGCCAGUACUGACGGAUCACAGGCUGCACAGACCAGUCAAAACCCUUUCUUAUGAAGACCAAUCAAACUGGUGAAAAUAUCUUAGAGAAAAUGGGAACAUCAUUAGGUUAUGCUCUUGAAAUAUAACUCUAACCGCGGACCGAACUGCAGCCCCAAGGACCUGUAUGAACAUCCUAUUCUUAGUUGUUUUUAUAUUGUGGUAUAACACAGUAACCCUUAGAUUGAUGCAAGCUGGUUCUGCUCUCCACUGCAACCUUCUCUCCUGCUGCUCUUGCCAUGAAUGCAGUAACAGGCUACAAAAGAGGUCACUUCUUUUGUAUCGGAAACUAUUAGUGUCAUGUAAAACUUCUUUGAGGCCAUUAUUAUUGCAAACUGACUUCAGAUACAAAUGUACGCAAAAGCACAGUUUGAUAUUUUGUCAUGUUUCUUCGCCAUGAUUACCAAAUGUAUUACAGCUUUUCAAGUAGUCAACAAGUCUCCUACUCACUUAGCUGUUUGUGUGAUUAGUUUAGCUGGCUACUGCUGCUGUCAUAUACUCCGGCUCCAGAAAGAUUUGUGAUUAGAGUUGAAGACCUGUCCGGUCCUUGAAAUGUGGCUGUAUCAACAUGGUGAACUAUUUGAGACUUAAUGAGAAACAUUGAUUGUGUACAUGAUUUUAUGAUUGUGAAAUGAACUGCUCGGGGUUAACUGAAUGAAAUUAUAGAUUGGGAGGACUGUAAGUGCUUCUGAAUUUACUAUAAGCAAAGAAUUAGAAAUUGUAUGAAUCAUGAGUUUUAUUCAUUGCUUGUGAACCACUGACUCAUCAAAUAUAAGGGUAUGAUUACAACACUG